AUGUCAGUCAAUCGCAGACUCAGCAGCGCAUACUUCGUUUCCACUCUCCAGCGCUUUACCAACGGCGAAAUGCCAGUCUCUUUCGUUGAAUUCCAGGUGGAAUACCUCGCCGCCAGCCUCCAAGGUCUGCCUCCGGGACUCUACUACACCAAGCUUUCCCCUCCAAAAUUCCUGCCAAAGGCCGCUCUUCCUUGCCUCUCCAGCGUCGACUGGAGCUGCGAGUUUACGGACGAUGCCAGCCUCACCGUCGAGCUUAAUAAACUCGUCCGUUGCAUCAGCACUGCAACAAAAAAUAGCAAAUGGAAAGUCUGCUUUUGGACAACGAUUGCAGGAAGCGAAAAUGCAGUCGCAAAGUUGUGGAUGGUGUUGAGCCUUGCCAUGGCACAAGAGAUAUCACAUCAAGUUGUUUCCGGAAAUUAUCUUAAGAGGUACUACAGUUUCCGCGGCCAGGCACUCCUUGACUUGAACGGUCUUCGGAGCACUAUCCGCGAUCUGCCGGAUGGCUUGGUGUCCAUGAAGGACGAGCGAUGGGAUUCCUGGGCGGCUGCAGCAGAGGAUACACUCAAGAGCGGCUUGGGCAACUCUGAGCCCACUGGCGUCCAUGGAGAUGACGGAGAUCCACCCAAAGGUCCUUCGACGUGGCCCACCAAUAAGCAAUACCAGCCACACCGGCCGAAGUGGCCAUGGUAUGGAUUGGAUCCCCCAGGGCCGACUUCUGACUCGCAGGUGCACCAACAGGGCACACGGGGUUGCGUCCAUGGUAUGAAAGGCGACCCUGUCACCACUUCGAAACCUGACCGCCUCGAAGAUGCAGUCGUUCAGAACCGCGUCCCAGCGAUGCCCAGCUCCUCGCGGCCAACUGACUUGCGCUCAGAGCUACAUGUGCCGCACCAGAGCGUUCGAAAUCAGAAAUCUGGACAGCAGAAUGUCCCCAAAGCUCCCAAUCAAGGAACAAAGAUCUAUUCUUCCUCUUCUCAGUCGACUCAGGGAAGUGCUCCAACGACAUCGAAGGGAAAGCAGCAGCAGGCGGCUCCAUUGCAACAUGUGAACAUCAACGAGCUCGGCGGCCCUGAACGCUUCGACCAUCUCCUCAGCCAAGGCCUGGUUCCCACUGGACCAAAGUCCCAGCAAACCAACUCGAACAACAAUCUACACAAGAAACCACGCAAGCGCCAAUCCAGGCGACGCCCGAAGUUCGCACCAUCUAGCUCCGCAGCGUUCGACUCCAAGCCGCCAGCAACGCGUUAUCAGAACGAAAACGCCCAACAGAAGGACGCAGAGCAGGAGGACGCAAAGCAGGAGGACGCUCAGCGAGAGAACGCAGAGCAGGCGGACACUCGCACGAGGGAUACCGAACAGCACGACGCCUUGCAGAAGAACGUAAAGCACGAGUACUCCUGGCAGGAGGACGCCCAGCAGGAGGACGCCCAGCAGGAGGACGUCCGGCAGGGAGAUGCACAGCAGCAGACCAGCCCGCUGAAGCAGGAGACCCAACCGGACACUGGAGCGGCUAACCGGGAGUCGCUCUUGCCCGAUGGCUCUCUUCAGAACAGUCCAUCACCGCAAGACUCCGCAGCGCCGCCUUCUGCUCCCACCCACGAGCAGGCAGAGGGCAGAAGAGUCGCAAUCUCACGUCUGACUCUCGCUACUGAGCGGAGAAACGCUCAAUUGUCAUCGCACAGGAGGGUGGACAGCUUGCACCCCAAAGUGGGUGGAUCGAAAGUGUUCAAAAAUCCCUAUCCUUUCGCACAUCCUGGAAACGUUUGGAAUGUUCCGUCGUACUACCCAGCAGAAGAAGAGAGGGAGCAGGUGGACGAGGCAGUCGAUAUGUCUGACUUCCCAUUGCGUUGGCUGCCGGCCGAAAUUUGGGAAGAGAUUGACCAUUUGGAUCACUGCUAG